CGCUCCGACAGACAGACGGUAAGAUUUACCUUCUUUACAAAUCUAUAACUUUAACUGACUUUAAAAUAUUCAAGAAGAAAUACUAAAGUAGUGAAAUACUUUAACUGCAACCUGCUGCUGACUGAAAAACUGUCAAAGACUCAGAGUGUCUGAGGCAACUUUCUGACUUCCUGUUUUAACACAUCGUCUGCUGUGUUCAGCUUCACUCAGAGACAAAAUGGCUUCCAGAUCAGAGGACGAUCUCAGCUGUCCGGUUUGUCAUGACAUCUACAGAGAUCCUGUCAUUUUGACAUGUAGCCACAGCUUCUGUAGAGACUGUCUGCAGAGGUGGUGGAGAGAUAAACAAGCACAGGACUGUCCAGUUUGUAAGACAACAUCCUCCAAGCAAAAACCACCUUCAAACCUGGCGUUAAAGAACCUGUGUGAAGCCUUCUUACUGGAGAGAGAUCAGAGAGCUUCAGAGGGUUUCUGCAGUCUGCACUCUGAGAAACUCAAACUCUUCUGUCUGGACCAUCAGCAGCCAGUGUGUGUUGUCUGCAGAGACUCAGAACAACACACCAACCACAGAUUCAGACCCAUCGAUGAAUUUGCACAACAACACAAGAAGGAACUUCAGGAAACUCUGGAGCCUUUAAAGAAGAAGUUAGAGGUUUUUAAAGAAGUUAAAGUGAAGUUUGAUCAGACAGCAGAACACAUUCAGGUCCAGGCCCGACGCACAGAGACGCAGAUUAAGGAGAGGUUUAAGAAGCUUCACCAGUUUCUAGAAGAGGAAGAGGAGGCCAAGAUGGCUGCACUGAGGGAGGAAGAGGAGCAGAAGAGUCAGAUGAUGAAGGAGAAGAUGGAGGCUCUGAGCAGAGAGAUAGCAGCUCUUUCAGACACAGUCGGAGCCACAGAAGACCAGCUGAGAGCUGAACACGUCUCAUUCCUGCAAAACUACAAGGCUGCAGUGGAAAGAGUCCAGCAGCGCCCCCUGCUGGAGGAUCCACAGCUGCCCUCAGGAGCUCUGAUAGACCAGGCCAAACACCUGGGCAACCUGACCUUCAACAUCUGGAACAAGAUGAAGAACAUGGUCUCCUACUGUCCUGUUGUUCUGGACCCAAACGCUACCGAUCCAAAACUCUUCCUGUCUCCAGGUCUGACCAGAGUGAAACAGGGAGAGGAACAGCAGCUUCCUGAUAAUCCAGAGAGGAUUGGUGGGCGCUGCUCUGUUCUGGGCUCUGAGGGCUUUAACUCAGGGACUCACAGCUGGGACGUCCAGGUUGGAGACAGUAAAUUCUGGUCACUGGGUGUGUUAGCAGAAUCUGCCCCGAGGAAAGAAGCUCCACAGUCUGGAUUCUGGAGAAUGGGGUUCCGUGAAGGUAAAUACUCUGUGCGGUCAGCACCAGGUCCACCGACUGUUCUCAGUGUGCAGAAGAAGCUCCAGAGGAUCAGAGUGAAUCUGGACUGGAACAGAGGAACGCUGUCGUUCUCUGAUACUGAUACUAACACACACAUACACACCUUCACACACACUUUCACUGAGAGACUGUUUCCAUACAUUAGCAUUGGGGAUAAAGUCCAACUGAAGAUAUUACCACUGAAGCUCCGUGUGACUACACAACAGGUCUGAUAGUCUUCAGUUUUAAUCUGUCCAUCUUUUUCUCUAGAUGUAUACGUGUAGGAGUACAUUUCGAUGAAAUAAGAUCAAACUGUAUUGAUCUCUGUUCGGCAGUCAGAUAUUUUCAGCAGGAAUCAGUAAAUUAAAAAGUAUAAAAUAUGCCAUCCCCUGCAGGAAUAAUAAAAGUCCAGCAGAGACAUCUGUAGUGUGAUGAGGUUAGGUGAAAAGAAAAUCAUACAAUUUUUUGAGUCUUUUCCUUCUUGUAAACAUAAAACUGUCAGAAAUGCUAUAUAAGAUUUUUGCUCUUCAGUUUGUGAGUUCUUUGUGAAUGUAUCACUUUAAACUUUGAGGUUUUUUAGAUUUUAUUAUUAUUGCCCCAACUUUUUCUUUUUCUUAUAUCCAACAAUUGCCCAAAUAUGCCAUAGAUGGUCCAGCGGCCGGCUAAAUAAUCUAAGGACAGACAGGCCUAGAAAAUAUAUUUGAUCAACUUCGUUUUUUUGUAAUAUAGUAGUAUGGUUGUAUUAUUUUUGUAUAUAAAGCUAUUCUUCGUGCUAAUAUGGACUUUUCCUGCUUUGUUUAAUAAAUUAAUCUGAAUGUCUUUGGACAAACAUUUAAAGACAUCAGCUUGGACUUUGAGAAACUGGGAAGGACCUUUUUUUCUUUUACAAUUUUCUGAAUUAUACCAUUUUAUAAAACUAAAAAAGAAAAAAAUCAGAUUUUUGUGUGGCGUAAAUAUAUAACUUUAUAAUGUCAGAUAAUAAGCCGCUUUUUUCUCUAAUUUUUUAAUAUUACAAUAUUAUUAUGGUACAGGAGUCAGCUGAAUAAAAACAAUAAUACAGACAACAUACGUUUUUGGAGAAGAAGCUGAAAAGGCUCUUCAAGACAGACUGGAAAGUAGAUUUGAUUAUAAGUUUUAUUCCUUUGUUUACCCUGGUAGAGCUGCAGCAGUUUGUCAAUAAACUUUUAGUCGAUCCAAAGUAAAAUAAAAUGGCUUCCACUUUGAUAAUUGAUUCAUUGUUAAUUAAAUGUUUUUUAAUACAAAAAUACAGAAAAUGCUGUUUUCAGCCUCUAAAAUAUUUCAUACUGUUCUUUCUGUUUUCUAUCAUAUUAAUCUGAAUUUUUCAGGGUUUUGGAAAAUAACAUAUUUAAACACUUCAGCUUUAACACACUGGAUGGUCAAAGCAAUAUUAUAAUAUUUAGCAACAUUAAAGCAAUCGUUAGUUAUAUUAUUAUAUUGUAUAUUUAUAUUUUACCUGUCAAUCAAUGUAAAUCGUUGUGAUUGUUUUAAUAUAUAUGUGUGGUUUUAUCAUCAUAGUAACAUUUAUCUAUAAUUUUAUGUAUUGAUCUGUAUGAGCAGUUAAUGUGCAGCCCACUGCUCCUUGCAUG